UUGUUCUCAAGCCUUCGCUCCGUGUGUUGCAGGUGCUGACGCCGCAGAGGUUCGGCGACGUCUUCCUCUACGACAUGCCGCCCAACAGACACUCACCCAUCCUGGACCAGGUGCAGGGCCUGCAGGGCCGGUACUCUUCGCCGAGGAACUCGACGCCGACGAGCAUGGUGUCCGACUCGUACGACGUGCCCCCCAGGGCGAUCGCCACUCCAACGCCGUCCUGCUACGACACCCCGGUGCCCGCCGUGCCCCUCCGGCCCGCGCUGCUCCGGCGGGAGUCGCAGGAGAGCUACGACGUGCCCCGGCCCAUCGGGACCAGGUCGCCGCUGAGCGCCGUGAUGCUGAUGCAGCAGAGGACGCUGACGCCCAGCAGCAGCGCCAGCUCGCUGACGGCGGACUCGGUGCACUCUGCGCCCAGCUCCAACCGGUCCAGCGUGGCGUCCAGCGUGGCGUCCAGCUUGGCGUCGUGCGGCAACGAGUACGAUGUCCCGCGCAGCGCGAGGGUGCCUAGCGCCCUGGCCUUGAGCUCCCAGACGUACGACGUACCGCCCGCGGCCACCCCCGCGUCCACCCACGCCCCGCGUGGCCACCAUGGGCCCCACCAUGGGCACCACCAUCACCACCACCACCCCGCCGCCCCCGCACCCGCCAUCACCCCCCGCGAGCUGCCCCUGGAACUCGGCUCGGCGCUGGAGACCCUAGCACGGCUCCAGGGUGAGGCCACCUCCGCCGUGUCCAGGCUGCUGGGCUUUGCGGGCCCCCAGUGGCGCCACCGGGAGAAACUCGAGCCGUGCCUCAUGGACAUCAAGCUAGCCGUCGUUCGACUCCGCACCGCACUCCACGACCUCACAGAGUUCGGCGAGGGCGCCUUUGGCAAUGCCGCCAGGGCCUCGGACAAAGGACUCGUCCCGAAGCUGCGGCCCCUCAUCAAGGCAUUGUGUGAUGCCGACCGUUUAGUGCACGAGACCACGUCCCGAUUAGAUGCCCUGGACUGGUCUCUAGAUGCGUUGUGUCGCGACGAGGAGGAGUCGGGCAGAAGGAUAUCCCCAGACGCGCUCGACCAACUUGUUGCCUGUGCUCAAGCCCUUACAGAGGAUGUGCGGCAAGCUGCUUCGACUAUCCAAGGGAAUUCCACUCUCCUCUUCAAACGCGCGUCGUCACCAAAUGGAAGCACCCACAGUGGUAACGGAGAGUGGCUGGAAGAUUAUGAUUAUGUCAAUCUCGAAUCCAAAGAGACUGUUGCCAAACAAAAUGCAGAAAUUAUUGAAGAUCUUCCUGAAAAACUCAGAAAAUCAUUUGAUGGCCUUGUCAAGGAAACUGAGACUUUGGCAGUUAGUGUUCCUCCUGAGCCUGAAAAUGCUGUAGAUGCUGAUGAUAUACGUAUCUUGUCAUUCUAUGCUGGACAGAUAGUAACCCAUUCCGCUCAUUUGACCCAUGCAAUUGAUGCUUUUCUUCAAACUGUUGAACAUAAUCAACCACCCAAAGUCUUUUUAGCUCAUAGUAAAUUUGUGGUUUUAUCUGCUCAUUGGCUUGUCCAAGUUGGAGAUACAGUUCAUCGCAAUGUGGCCCGAGCUGAUGUGCGAUCUAGAGUUCUAAGUUGUACCAACGCAUUAUCAGAAGCUCUUGGUUCAACAGUUCACAGAACAAAGAAAGCUGCCCUCCAGUUUCCCAGUGUUACAGCCGUUCAAGAAAUGGUGGACUCAGUUGUAGAUAUUUCACAUCUGGCCAGAGAUUUAAAGCUUAGUAUGGUGCAAGCAUCACAACAGCUUUAGCAGUGUUAAGAAAUUGAGAAACCUGUGUUUAUGACAGUUAUUGGGCCAUUGUAAGAAUUAAUUUUGCAAUAUAUCAGUAAUUGUCUUACUUUCUGUUUUUGUUAAAACAAUGCAACUAGUCAUAAAAUAUUAAGUUUUGAUUUGUUUUUUAAUAGAACUAUAAUUAUGUAAAUGAUGACAUAUUUUUAGAUGCCUGAGUUAUCAAAUAUUUCUUUCAUUCAUGUUUCUAUUUUAAUUUUAUCUGGUAAGCAUUUGCUCAAUCUUUGCUUGUCCUUUUCUUUCCAACAUUAGGGAUUUUUGUUCUUGUUGUCAGAUCUCAGAAGCAAUUCCAGCAAUUCUAUCUUUCAUUUAUCUGUUUCUUUCUUUAUUCCUUAUCUUUCGUAACAGAACAAGAAAUUCCAGCUAGAAAUUUUAAUGAUAGUAGGUACAUCCAAUAUCCAAGAUAGUAACUUUGGAUUUAGAUUUGCUUCUGUGUUUAGCUUAUCAAAGGAAGUAUGGAUUAUUCUUUAAAAUGUUUUGUUUCUUUCUUGCUGUUGUUUCACUGUAUUUUUCAGAUAUAGUAUACCCCUUUACAGCAUUUGUGAUAGUCAUCUUUAGUGUGGCAAAAUGUAUUCCAAAGACAAGUAUUUUAUUUUUCCUGAAAAAUUUGGUCAUUACCUCCAAAAUUAACAAUCCUGAACAACUUCAUGCAUGCUUUCAGGCUGUCUCGUUUAAAUUUGUGCCAUAUAUCCAAAACUGAAAUGAUGUUCAAUCAAUUGAUUUCAAUUUCGCGUCAAAACCACAUCUAGCUUUUAGAACAAAUGACGCCGUCCACAGCAGAUACUAUGCCCCUACGCUUCCAGAAUUGAUGGCAAGUUGGCAUAAGUAAAAUGAACUGAAGUUUAUAAAAACAGUAGCAAAAUUCAUAUCAUUGUGUAUAUCAUACAUAUUUAUAACGUUUAGAGACGUAAUGUACAUGUACAUAUUUUCUGUUGUUGUGAUGUGCUUUAAUUUUAAUAACUUAGUACCUUGUAAAGUUAAAGUAAUAAAUGGCUUAAUACUCA